GAUCAAGAGGAGGUUAUGUUUAAAUAAAAAUCAUAAAAAUUAAUUGAUUUUUGAUUGAGUUAGGGACCAUUUUAUAAUAUUAUACGUUAGCUAUGGAAUUUAAAGUUGAAAUUAAAGAAGAGUUUCUUGAAUAUAACCAAAAAGAUACAGAUAGCCAGCUAAACACAUCCAUAGAUCUAGAAAACUUCAAAAUAGAACUAGAAGAUAACUCAGAAAUGGGACUAAAAGCUGUAAUUAAAGAAGAGUUUGCAGAGGGUUGUCAAGGAUUUAUGGAGAGUCAGCUAUAUACAUCUCCAGAUAUUAAAUACUUCGUUAAUAAAGAAGAUAAAGAUAACUCAGGUUUUUCUCAGAACGAAAUGGAAAUUAUGAAAACUGAACUUGCAUGCACAACGGAACAACAAAAAACUGAAGAAACAACAUUAAAUAAUUACAUUUGUGAAAUUUGUUUUAAGCAAUUUAACCACAAAAGGUCUUUGAAACGACAUAUAAAAACGCACACUAAAGAAAGGCUUUAUAAGUGUGAAAUUUGUUUUAAGCAGUUCAGUGAAGCAGGUCAAUUGAAAAGACAUUUGCGAGUGCACACUAAAGAAAAACCUCACAAGUGUGAAAUUUGUUUUAAGCAAUUUAAUGAAGCAGGUAACUUAAAAACACAUUUGAGAGUGCACACUGGAGAAAAACCUCACAAGUGUGAAAUUUGUUUUAAGCAGUUUAUUACGGCAAGUGAGUUGAAAGUACAUUUGAGAGUGCACACUGGAGAAAAACCUCACCAGUGUGAAAUCUGUUUUAAGCGGUUUAGUAGAGCAGGUGAUUCGAAAAGACAUUUGCGAGUGCACACUGGAGAAAAACCUCACAAGUGUGAAAUUUGUUCUAAACAAUUUAGUGAAGCAUAUACUUUAAAAGAACAUUUGAGAGUUCACACUGAAGAAAAUCCUCACAAGUGUCAAAUCUGCUUUAAGCUAUUUCUUACAGCAGGUCAUUUGAAAAUACAUUUGAGAGUGCACACUUGGGAGAAACCUCACAAGUGUGAAAUUUGUUUUAAGAAAUUUAUUACGGCAAGUGAGUUGAAAGUACAUUUGAGAGUACACACUGGAGAAAAGCCGUUUAAGUGUGAAAUUUGUUUUAAGCAAUUUAUUAUAGCAGGUCAUUUGACAACACAUUCAAAAGUGCACACUGGAGAAAAACCUCACAAGUGUGAAAUUUGUUUUAAGCAAUUUAAUCAAAAAAGUACUUUAAAAAGACAUUUGAGUGUGCAUACUGGACAAAAACCUCACAAGUGUGAAAUUUGUUUUAAGCAGUUUAUUACAGCAGGUGUUUUGAAAGUACAUUUGAGAGUGCAUACUGGAGAAAGACCUCACAAGUGUGAAAUCUGUUCUAAGCAGUUUAUUACAGCAGGUCAUUUGAAAGUACAUUUGAGAGUGCACACUGGAGAAAAACCUCACAAGUGUGAAAUUUGUUUUAAGCAGUUUAGUGAUCCAAGUCAUUUAAAAACACAUUUGAGAGUGCACACUUGGGGAAAACCUAACAAGUGUGAAAUUUGUUUUAAGAAAUUUCUUACGGCAAGUGAGUUGAAAGUACAUUUGAGAGUACACACUGGAGAAAAGCCGUAUAAGUGUGUAAUUUGUUUUAAGCAAUUUAUUAUAGCAGGUCAUUUGACAAGACAUUUAAAAGUGCACACUGGAGAAAAACCUCACAAGUGUGAAAUUUGUUUUAAGAAAUUUAUUACGGCAAGUGAGUUGAAAGUACAUUUGAGAGUACACACUGGAGAAAAGCCGUAUAAGUGUGAAAUUUGUUUUAAGCAAUUUAUUAUAGCAGGUAAUUUGACAAGACAUUUAAAAGUGCACACUGGAGAAAAACCUCACUAGUGUGAAACUUGUUUUAAGCAAUUUAAUCAAAAAAGUACUUUAAAAAGAUAUUUGAGAGUGCAUACUGGACAAAAACCUCACAAGUGUGAAAUUUGUUUUAAGCUGUUUAUUACAGCAAGUGUUUUGAAAGUACAUUUGAGAGUGCAUACUGGAGAAAGACCUCACAAGUGUGAAAUCUGUUCUAAGCAGUUUAUUAUAGCAGGUCAUUUGAAAACACAUUUGAGAGUGCACACUGGAGAAAAACCUCACUAGUGUGAAAUUUGUUUUAAGCAAUUUAUUACGGCAAGUGAGUUGAAAGUACAUUUGAAAAUACACACUGGAGAAAAGCCGUAUAAGUGAAAUUUGUUUAAAGCAAUUUAUUAUAGCAGGUCAUUUGAAAACACAUUUGAGAGUGCACACUGGAGAAAAACCUCACGAGUGUGAAAUUUGUUUUAAGCAAUUUAUUACGGCAAGUGAGUUGAAAGUACAUUUGAAAGUACGCACUGGAGAAAAGCCGUAUAAGUGAAAUUUGUUUAAAGCAAUUUAUUAUAGCAGGUCAUUUGAAAACACAUUUGAGAGUGCACACUGGAGAAAAACCUCACGAGUGUGAAAUUUGUUUUAAGCAAUUUAUUACGGCAAGUGAGUUGAAAGUACAUUUGAAAGUACGCACUGGAGAAAAGCCGUAUAAGUGAAAUUUGUUUAAAGCAAUUUAUUAUAGCAGGUCAUUUGAAAACACAUUUGAGAGUGCACACUGGAGAAAAACCUCACGAGUGUGAAAUUUGUUUUAAGCAAUUUAUUACAGCAAGUGUGUUGAAAGUACAUUUGAGGGAGAAAAACCUCACAAGUGUGAAAUCUGUUUUCAGCUGUUCAGUCGAGCACAUCAUUUAAAAACACAUUUGAGAGUACACACUGGAGAAAAACCUUACAAGUGUGAAAUCUGUUUUAAGCAGUUCAGUGAUGCAAGUAAUUUAAAAACACAGUUGAGAGUGCACACUGGAGAAAAACCUCACAAGUGAAAUUUGUUUUAAGCAAUUUAUUACGGCAAGUGAGUUGAAAGUACAUUUGAAAGUACACACUGGAGAAAAGCCGUAUAAGUGAAAUUUGUUUAAAGCAAUUUAUUUUAGCAGGUCAUUUGAAAACACAUUUGAGAGUGCACACUGGAGAAAAACCUCACAAGUGUGAAAUUUGUUUUAAGCAAUUUAUUACGGCAAGUGAGUUGAAAGUACAUUUGAAAGUACACACUGGAGAAAAGCCGUAUAAGUGAAAUUUGUUUAAAGCAAUUUAUUAUAGCAGGUCAUUUGAAAACACAUUUGAGAGUGCACACUGGAGAAAAACCUCACGAGUGUGAAAUUUGUUUUAAGCAAUUUAUUACAGCAAGUGUGUUGAAAGUACAUUUGAGGGAGAAAAACCUCACAAGUGUGAAAUCUGUUUUCAGCGGUUCAGUCGAGCACAUCAUUUAAAAACACAUUUGAGAGUACACACUGGAGAAAAACCUUACAAGUGUGAAAUCUGUUUUAAGCAGUUCAGUGAUGCAAGUAAUUUAAAAACACAGUUGAGAGUGCACACUGGAGAAAAACCUCACAAGUGAAAUUUGUUUUAAGCAGUUUAUUACGGCAAGUGAGUUGAAAGUACAUUUGAGAGUGCACACUGGAGAAAAAUCUCACAAGUGCAAAAUUUGUUUGAAGUAAUUUAGUCAAAUAGAAACUUUGAAAAAGCAUUUGACAAUGCACACUGGAGAAAAGCCUUAUAAGUGCGAAAUUUGUUGUAAGCAGUUUUCUCAGAAGGUUCAGUUAAAUGGUCAUUUAAGAUUGCACACUUGAGAAACGCUUUACAAGUGUGAAAUUUGUUUAAAGCAGUUUACUCAGAAAGCUCAUUUAAAUGUUGAUUUAAAACUGCAUACUUGAGACAAGUCCUAAAGUGUGAAAUUUGUUUUAAGCAGUUUAGCCGUGCAACUACUUUGAAAAGACAUUUGAGAGUACACACUGGAGAAAAACCUCAAGUGUGAAAUUUGUUUGAAGCAAUUUAACCAAAUAGUUUCUUUGAAACGACAUAAUAAAACGCACCCUAGCGAAAAGCAUUACAAGUGUGAAAUUUGUUUUAAGUAGUUUAGUCUAGAACAGAGUUUGAAAAUACAGUGUGAAAUUUAUUUUAAGCAGUUUAGCCGAGCAACUACUUUGAAAAGACAUUUGAGAGUGCACACUAGAGAAAAACCUCACAAGUGUGAAGGCAUUUGUUUUAAGCAGUUUAUUAGUCAAAAAUAUCAUUUGAAAAGUCCUUUGGGAGUGCACACUGAGAAAAUUGCCUCACAAGUGUGAAAUUUGUCUCAAGUAGUUUACACAAACAGGUCAUUUGCACACUCAUUUGAGAAUACACACUACAGAAAACGUUAAUUUCGUCUAAUAAGUGGCCUGUGUUUUUAGUUUUGUAUAUAGCCUCUUAGAGGGCGCCGCCAAUAAAACUUUCGGACACGAACGUAACCUCAAUCUUUUGUUGACAUAAAUCGAGAGUUUUAUUGCGAUACAAUAAGUCAUGUAGAUACAAUGAAUUUUUGAAAUUAGCAAGUCGGUCAAAAAUGGAUCUUAGCCGAGAACAUUUUCGAGCAAUAAUUUUUUACAAUUUUUGGAGAGGAUUAUCCCAAAUGCCAUGUCACGCUGAAAUGGUUUCUGUGUUUGGGAAUGAAGCAUCACACCAGUCAACUAUUUCCCGCUUGUAUUGCGAAUUUCAACGUAGUCACGCCAGUCUCAGCGACGAAUCCAGGCCAGGUCCACCCAAAACAGUCACACAGCAAAACGUUGAUGCGGUUCGUCAGCUAAUUAAGGAUAACCGAUGUGUAAUAUACCGGGAGAUAGAGGCCUCUUUGGGCAUUUCAAAGACCUCGAUCCAAAAGAUCCUACAUGAAGAACUGGGUGUUAGGAAGUUGGCUUGCGUUUGGAUCCCUCAUUUGCUUACAGAAGAGCAAAAAGCAGUUCGCGUCAAUUGGUGUCGAAAAACAUUGGAACGGUUCAACAAAAGAAGCUCAAAAAACGUUUAUAGUAUUGCUAGUGGCGAUGAAUCUUGGGUUUACUCCUACCAACCGGAAAAUAAGCGCUAAUCCGCUGCGAGUGUUUCACGAUGAGGUAAAACCAACAAAAGUGAUCCGUUCUCGAAGUGUGUCAAAGAAAAUGGUUGCAACUUUUAUGUCAAAAUCUGGUCAUGUGGCAACAAUUGCUGUAGAAGAUUGAAGAACGGUUACUUCCUGAUUGGUAUAUAACCCUUUGUUUACCAGAAGUUAUCGCGAAACUCCGACAAAGCAGCAACACACAACGGCGAAUCAUCUUACGUCAUGACAAUACAAGUGCCCAUACUGCCCAUAAGACAAAAGAGUUUUUGGACCUUCAAAACAUCGAAUUGUUAAACCAUCCACCGUAUAGUUCCGACCUAAGUUCCAACGACUUCUUCACGUAUCCAAAGAUUAACAAUUCAAUGCGUGGGCUGCGAGUCCAGUCGCCAGAAGAAGUCAUCGAUGCCUUUAAAACAGCGAUUUUGCAGGUGUAAACUGAAGACUGGAAUAACUGUUUUACCGAUUGGUUUGAACAUAUGCAAAAGUGUAUCGAUCUUGGUGGGACAUAUUUUGAAAAGUAAUAAAGUAGUUUCAGUUUAAA